AAAGAGAGAUAAGAUAAUAUGCCCUGACCAACCCCUUGAGGAAAAUUACAUAAAAGGGAGUGGUUUGCCCUGCUCUGUAUAAGACACCUCUCUGAUCCGUCCACACACUCACAUCCGAAGUGCCCUGCAAGCAUGAUUCCUGACGUCAGCAAAAAUAUAGAGGAGAGGCCAGAGCCACAGAAGGCAGAGCUCAAAGGUAGCCUACCGAGCUGGUUGCAAGGUACUCUGCUGCGCAAUGGCCCUGGCAUAUUCUAUGUGGGGGAGACCACAUACAGCCAUUGGUUUGAUGGGAUGGCUAUAAUGCACAGCUUCACUUUUAACAAUGGUGAAGUGAUCUACAGAAGCAGGUACUUAAGGAGUGACACCUAUAAAUCUAACAUGGAGGCCAAAAGAAUAGUUGUGUCUGAGAUGGGAACAAUGGCCUAUCCGGAUCCAAGGAAAAACUUGAUCGUCAAGGCUAUCACCUUUCUCAACCAUACAGUACCAGAUUUUACUGACAACGGUGCAAGCAACUUCAUCAGAUAUGGAAAUGAAUACUACGCCACCUCUGAGACGAACUACAUCCGCAAAAUUGAUCCCGUGACGCUGGAAACGCAGGAAAAAGUGGAUUAUCUCAAGUACGUGCCGGUGAACGUGGUCACAUCCCACCCGCACUAUGAUAAGGAGGGCAACACCUUCAACAUCGGCACCUCGAUUGCGGAGAAGGGCAAGACGAAAUACACGCUGUUCAAGGUCCCAGCUGUCUCAGAGAAAGGCAAGGCUAAAGGCACCCCUGUGCUGAAGAAUACAGAGGUGAUCUGCACGGUCCCUUGCCGCUCCCUCCUCAGCCCCAGCUACUACCACAGCUUUGGCAUGACAGACAACUAUUUCAUCUUCAUUGAGCAGCCUUUCAAACUGGACAUCCUCAAGAUGGCCACCGCAUACAUGAGGGGGGUCAACUGGGCAACUUGUCUGAAGUACUCCGCUGAAGAAAAUACUCUAAUUCACCUGAUAGACAGAAAGGCAGGCAAAGAAGUUGGGACCAAAUACUACACAGGAGCGAUGGUUGUCUACCACCAUGUGAAUGCUUUCGAGGUUGACGGUCAUCUGAUCAUUGAUGUUAUUGCCUAUGACGAUAAUGGGCUUUAUGAAAUGUUGUACCUGAACAAGAUGAAGGAAAUCGAUGAACCCACUGUCACAGACAAGUGUAAACCAACCUACAGGAGAUUUGCUCUUCCACUGCACUGUGAAAAGGGGGCUGAAAUUGGGAAGAAUCUGGUGAAAACUCAGUCCACCACAGCCAGUGCCAUGAAGGAAAAGGAAGGCGAGCUCUUCUGCCAGCCAGAGGUGAUUUGUGAAGGUUUGGAUUUACCCAGAAUCAACUAUGACAGCAAUGGCAAGCAGCACCAAUAUGUCUAUGGGAGCUGUGUGGGCAAGACUGCUGUGGCGUCAGAGAUUGCAAAGUUGGACACAGAGACCAAGAAGCUUAUCAAGUGGGGCGAGAACAACUGUUGGCCAUCGGAGCCUGUGUUCAUUCCUCGGCCCAAUGGAGAGACGGAGGACGAUGGUGUUGUGUUAACUUCGGUUUUCAACUGUAACCCGGGACAGUCUGGCUUCCUCCUGGUGCUUGAUGGGAAAACCUUCAAGGAAAUAGCUCGGGCAUAUGUAGAUAAUGAGCUCCACCUGGACAUGCAUGGCCUUUAUAUUCCACAUAGUAACUGAAUAUAUAUAUAGAGGAACGGGGUUGCUUUUAACAUGUAACUUGUAAAUGUUGGGCGAAAAACCAUUGUAUGGCUCAAGUCUUGCUUUAGACAUUCUGCAUUAUGUUUUCUGAAGUCUUUUCUUUCAGGCAAAAAUGCGAUGGAGAUUAAAUGUAUUUACCAGGAGUUUUUUUGAGUAGUCUUAAUGGGACUUCAUUGCAUAUUGAAAAUACAACAGUGUUAUCGAUUCUUUUUUUCUUCUUUUUUUUUGUUGCUUGAUGAACAGUGUAUGUAUUGUUGCAUACUACUGUUAACAUUGCCAACGUACAACUUAAAAAUGAAAGUGUUCAUUUCAAAGUAAACAAAAACAAACAUCAAUCAUGCAUCAUCAAAUUGACCACACACAAUAUUCGAUCGACAAAUCAACAUAAACGUCGUUGAUUACACACACACACAUGUAUUUUUUGUCAUUGUCAAAGGUGAUGUCUAUGUUAAAAUGUUAACAUCUAUUUAGAUGCAUUUGUGGCACAUUCCCUUUUCUUCCUCUAGAAAGCGUUGGGAGUUUUUGAUUUAAGAUAACAUUUUCAAAGUGAUUACUUAACUUAUAGAAUUUGGACAAGUAUUAAGGAAACGUUUUUCUUUCUUCAUAGUUGGUGUAAUGCCAGAAAUACUACAUCUCUGUCUGCCUCUGCUAUCAGGGAGUGUGAAUGCUGCCUGACUCCUCUUGGAGGAAUGUUCAUCUGUGAGGGCCCUCUUCUGUGGCUAGACAUUUUUCUUGUUUUUUUUUUUCUGAUGUGACGAUCAGGUCAACUGCCACCUUGUGCAGCGUAUGGCCAAAUAAGUUUUCAGUUAAUAACAUCGUACCUGAUUUUAUGUCUUAUUUCUCUCUCUCUCUCUCUCUUUUUCUUUUAUUAAUGCCUAGUUAAAACAGUUGUUACUCUUCUUGAAGAUUUUAACAUCUAUAUAAGUUGACAAAAUAAUACUUUGGGUCAAGAAUCUUAAGAUCUCGUUGACUUUUUUUAAAAAUAAAUAAAUCGUUGUCAGAACAACACAUUCACUCA